UCAAUUCUAGUGGGUGGAACAUUAUUAUUUUACAAUUCAAAAAGGGGAAGAUUCAAAGGAGAAAAGGGAAGAUGCAAUAGUAACUUACGCAAUCCCAAUUCUGAAGAGAAAAAGUUGUCAUGUAUCACAGAAACCAUGGCAGGAAUUGAACUCGCCUUAUCAGAAAGCAAAGCAUCAAGGUUACUUCUUCAUAAACAACUUCACUCAUUUCACCAAUCUAACCCCCUUUUUUUAUCAACAUCCAAACAGUGUAUGUAGCUAUGGAGAAGAAAACGCCUCUUAUAUCCUUGGAUUCAAUAUUACACGCAACUUUGCUACUCCUUGCAUUAGUUUUCAUCCAAGAGGUGCAAGGAAUUGGUGUUAAUUAUGGCACAAUAGCAGAUAACCUUCCUCCACCAGCUGAAGUAGCAAAAUUCCUUUCAAAAUCCACCAUCAUUAACCGGGUGAGACUCUUCGAUGCCAACCCCGAACUCCUACGCGCUUUUAAGGACACAAGAAUCGAGGUCACAAUAACCGUCCCUAACAACCAAAUCCCACGUGUAACUAACUUAACCGUUGCACGUGAAUGGGUCCAAACCAACGUCCAACCGUUCAUCCCUUCAACUAAAUUAGUUAGAAUCCUUGUUGGCAACGAAGUGUUAUCCACUGCCAACAAACUUCUAAUUAGCAACUUAGUCCCUGCAAUGCAAACACUCCACGUGGCACUUGUUGAGCUCUCAAUAGAUAGCCACAUAAAAGUUACCACACCACACUCUCUGGGCAUUUUGGUAAAUUCAACUACACCUUCCGGUGCGAGAUUUAGGCAAGGCUAUGAUACUCAUGUGAUUAAACCAAUGCUUAGUUUUCUUAGAGAUUCGAAUUCACCAUUCAUGGUUAACCCUUACCCAUUCUUUGGAUUUUCCGUUGAUACCCUUGAUUAUGCACUUUUCUUACCCAAUUCUGGCAUGGUUGAUGACGUCACUCAGCUACGUUACACCAACAUGUUGGAUGCACAACUUGAUUCUGUUUAUUCUGCCAUGAAGGUUUUGGGAUUCGAAGAUGUUGAGAUUGUGAUCGGUGAAACGGGCUGGCCCACUAAGGGAGACCCGGCCCAAAUUGGUGUGGAUCCAAUGAGUGCUUCGGAGUACAAUGGGAAUCUCAUACGUCAUGUCACUUCCGGGGUUGGAACUCCACUCAUGCCUAACCGGACUUUUGAGACUUAUAUUUUUGCUUUGUUUGAUGAGAACUUGAAACCCGGCCCAACAUGCGAAAGGAAUUUUGGGCUUUUCUGGCCCAAUAUGACUCCUGUCUAUGACAUUCAGAUAAUGAGGAACACUGCCAUUGGGGUUGCUCAUUAUCGUCAUAAAUCACGUUUAAUAAUCAUGGUUAUUUUAAGCUUCAUUGGUUCCUGGCGGGGUUUAAUAUUUUUGUAGGUUCAAUAUCUUGCAAACUGGAGUAUUUAAAGAAGGUUCAAUUUGUGAUCACUUGAAUUUUAUCAUUGGAAUGAGGGAGAUAAAAGAAUGCAACUCAGAAACCAAUGGUAAAAGCUACAAUCUAUGGGACCGUUUGACUUUUGGAAUGCUCCAUUAUAAAUAGACCUGCUCCUGAUACUAUUGGAUCUGUAUUUUGCUGGAAGAAGAAAUAUCUGUUCCCUCUCGGAACAGUAUCGUCGCAUAUAAGCCAAAGAAAAAAGGAACAAUAAGAGCAUUAUCUACAGACUACAGCUUUGAUAUGGAAGCCAUAGCAGAAUUGAUAUUUUGGAUGCCGAGGCACCAAAAAAACAGACAGUAUGCCACACACCUUUGAUGCAAGUAUGCAACCAUGUCUACAAUGACAACAUCGCUUUGGGUGGUGUUCACAGCUGUUGGUGGUGGUAAAAUGUUCGUGAAGCCUCUUAAGCCGCAUUUGGUAACUAGAACAGAAAUGAAAAACACUAAUGCUAGGUUAACAACUUUUGUUGUACAAGC